AUGAUUGUUGAUGAAGUUGUUGAUAGCAUGGAAGAAGAUGCUAAAUUGGUAAGGCCUGAUGAACAUUUGAAAAUGGGAAGUACUGGUGUUUCUAGUACUUCUAUGGGUGAUUUUAAGAAUGGGAUGGGUUCUUUGAUGAAUGCAGGGAAUGAUAAUGGGAUGGGGGUAAAUAAUAAAUCCAUUAAGCUAAAGGAGGUUAUUGAGGUUAUUAAAAGUAAUAAUCUUGGGAUAUGUGCUGUAGUGGAGUCUCAUGUGAAUGCUUUGAAUCUGAAAAAGGUGUGUUCCAAGACUUUUGGUGAAUGGGAAUGGGUGUCAAAUUCUAUUUGUUGUGUUGCUGGUACUAGAAUCAUAAUUGGUUGGAAUUCUAAGAUUUUUGAUGUGAUGGUGGUUUCUCAAUCCAAUCAAGUUAUACAUUGUUAUGUUAGAUUUAUUGAUUCUAACUAUAACAUGUAUCUUUCUUUUAUAUAUGCUGCUACAAAUUAUAUAGAAAGGAGGAACCUAUGGGAUAAUUUGGUGAUGCAUAGAUCUGUUGUUAAGGAUUAUGCGUGGGGAAUUUUGGGUGACUUCAAUGUGGCAAUGAAACCUUCAGAAUAUUCUGAGUGUUCUUCUAGAAUUCCAGAAGGGGUUGCUGAUUUUAUAGAUUGUAUAAAUAACAUUGAAGUCGAGGAUAUAAAUUGUACUGGGUUUCAGUUCACUUGGACCAAAUCUCCUAAUGGUAAUAAGGGUAUUAUGAAGAAAUUAGAUCGAGUCAUGGCUAACUUGAAGUUUAUGGUGGAUUUCCCUAUGGCUCAAGCUGUCUUUAAACCUUAUCGGAUAUCGGAUCAUUGUCCAGCUAUUCUGAAUAUUCCGAUGUGCAAACCUAGAUGGAAGCCGUCUUUUAGAUUUGCUAAUUUCAUUGCUGGAAAGGAAGAAUUUUUGCCUAUGGAUUUGAGAAGGGUUCUGGAUAUAAAACAAGGUGAAAUUGAUAUGGACCCUUUUAAUGUUAGUUUAAAGGAGGAGCAUACAAAAAUCUUAUUUGAUUUCAAUGAGGCUUGUGAAGAUGAGGAGAAGAUUCUCUUUCAAAGAUCAAAAAUAAAUUGGUUGAAAGAAGGAGAUAAAAAUUCUAGGUUCUUUCACAAAGUAAUAAACAGUCGGCGGAAUAAAAGUCGCAUUUCUUUGGUGCUUGAUGAGGAGGGGAGAUGGGUAAGUGGGAAAGCUAUGAAGGAUCGAUUUGUUAACCAUUUUAAGAGUUUUUUUGGGACAGAUGUUAUUACUGAACCUAUUAAUGUUGAUAAUGGUUUAAUUUGUAAUAAAUUGGAUAGUAGGGUGGCUUUGGAUAUGAUUAGAGUGGUGAAAGAUGAGGAGAUUAAGGCUGCGAUGUUCGAUAUUGAUGACAACCGUGCCCCUAGCCCUGAUGGUUUUCAUCUAAAUUUUUUAAAGAUGCUUGGUGUAUUGUUGGGCCUGAGGAAGGUUACGGAUUUUAGACCUAUAGCCUGCUGUAAUACCAUUUAUAAGUGUAUUAGCAAGAUUAUAGCGAAUAGAAUAAGAGGAAGUCUGGGUGAUAUUGUGGAUAUAAAUCAAUCUGCUUUCAUACCUGGAAGAUCUAUAUUGGAAAAUAUUCUGCUUGCUCAGGAGUUGAUGGUGGGGUAUAAAAGGAAGAUGGGAGCUCCUAAAUGUGCCUUAAAAAUUGAUAUCCAAAAGGCUUAUGAUACGGUGGAUUGGAAAUUUCUGAAGCAGAUUCGUAUUGGUUUUGGGUUUCAUUCUAUAAUGGUUCAAUGGAUUAUGGCAUGUGUGUUAACUCAUUGGUUUAUGUUGAGUAUUAAUGGUGAGGACCAUGGUUAUUUUGAAGGAAAAAGGGGUUUAAGACAGGGAGAUCCAUUAUCUCCUUAUCUUUUUACUAUUGUCAUGGAAAUUUUUAAUCUGAUACUUAAAAAGAAUAUUGAAGGCUGUCAGAAGUUUAAAUAUCAUAGCAAAUGCAAGCCUCAAAGAAUUACACAUCUAUGCUUUGCUGAUGAUUUGCUGGUUUUUUGUUAUGGGAAUAGCAGAUCGGCUAGGGUUAUUAAAGAUUCUCUUGAUGAAUUUAAGAAUAAUUCGGGAUUGAAUGUGAGUAUGGAGAAAAGUCAGAUCUUUUUCAGUUGUGUAAAGCCGAAUAUGAGAAGGAUUAUUUUAGGCAUUCUUCCCUUUGAAUUUGGUAUGUUUCCAUUCAAAUAUCUUGGAGUUCCAAUGUCGGUCACGAAAUUGUUUAGUAGAGACUUUUUUAAAAUUCCUGUGGCUACAAUUAAGGAGAUUGAGAAAAUGUGUAGAAGUUAUUUAUGGUGUAAUGGGGAAGUGGUUAAAGGAAAAGCUAAAGUUAGUUGGAGCAUUGUGUGUACUCCAAAAGAGUGUGGAGGUCUUGGAGUGAAGGACUUGAGGAAAUGGAAUGAUGCUUUAUUGGCCAAACAUGUUUGGAAUGUUGUGAAGAAUAAAAAUUCUCUUUGGGUCCGAUGGGUGCAUAAUAAUUAUAUUAGGGACAAGAAUUUUGGGGAUAUCAUGUAUAAAAAGAAUAUGAAUUGGACAUGGAAGAGGUUUCUUGAUGUGCGAAAACAUAUUAGGUUCCAUGUUGUGUCGAGUAUUGGGAAUGGUGAAAAUACUUCUAUAUGGCAUGAUUGGUGGCACCCCAUUGGAAUUCUUAGUGCUAUAAUUUCAAGGAGAGAAUGGUUAAGUAAAGGAUUUAAUGAUAUGUCAAAGGUCUGUGAUAUUAUGGUUAAUGAUCAUUUAACUUGGCCUAGUGAAUGGGUGAAUAAAUUUCCUGGUUUGAAGGAUGGCCCAAUGUUCUGUAAUGAAGCUGAUCAGAUGGACAAAAUUAUUUGGAGGGAUAAGGUUGGGUCAUGCAAGCAGUUCUCUUGUAAGCAAGUUUGGAUUGAUAUCAAUAAUUUUGGAUUUAAGGUUCCGUGGUGUGAGUAUGCUAAUCAGAUUUGGAGGUAUUUCUGUAAGAAGAUUGGGGUUGGGUUCAGUUAUGAUGACUGGAAUGAUCUUAUUAUUAAGUUCUGUGGCUGUUCUAAAGGGAAAUCUGUGAUUAAGAAACUUGUUCUAGCUGGUAGUGUUGCUCACAUUUGGAUGGAGAGGAAUGCUAGACUGUUUAGAAAUGUGAGCAGGCCUUAUAAAGAUGUGAUUCAUUGUAUUGAAAAGGAAGUUCAACUGAAAAUGAUAGGUAUGAAGUUACAGUUGAAUAUGAUGCAUGGAAAAGUGUGUAAGAAGUGGGGUAUCAAAGGAAUGGACAAUUUGCAUAAGGGUAGUGAUAUAAAUGUUAACAAAAGAAGAACAGGGGUUGUUAACUGUUUUUGGUGGAGUUUGGGGUUGGUUUUGAGGUUUCUGGGAGAUUUGAUUGGGUUGUGGUGGAGGUAUACCAUUAUUUGGUUCAAAUCUGAAGGAAUUGACGGAUUUUGCUGCUUAUUUGAAAGUUUGCUUUCAAAUCAAGUGGCUUGUACCCCAGGGAAUUUCUGUUUGGAUAUGAUCUUUGUUGAGAUUAUUCAAAUAGGGUUCCCUAGACAUGUGAUUGAUGCCAUGUCUAGCCUGAAACUAAAUAAGUUCUAUUUUUGGUUUGUUUCUUUUUGGAUUGGUUUGUUGUACAGGUUCCUUGUGCAGCACAGGCAGAUCUGUUUUUGGAGCAGAUGGAUUAUAUUCCAAAUGGUCAGCUUGAAGUAUAAUUGGAGGAGGACUGUUAGCUGGCAGAUUAGAAGAUGGAUCCAGGUUAGGCAGAUGGUGAUCUUUAAGGAGAGUAGUAGGCUGGUUUUGCAGAUUGAUAGACUGCAGAGUGAAUGGUGGUGGUCUGAAGGCUGGAAGAAUGGAAGAAGACUCUGGAUUGCGAGCAUUUGUCUGUUCUUAAUUCAUAGGGCUGUUUGGUUAUUUAGUAGUGUUUACCUUAAUUUUGGUUUAUUUAGAUGGUUGAUUGUUAAGGGUGAGGUUACGGGUUGGUCCUUAAGACUAGUCUACUGGACAGUGGGUUUUUUUAAGGGCCUUGCCCUUGCAUUCGUGUUGAUGGAAAUUUGUGGUUACGGUGUUGCAAGGGGUUGA